UGUCUGGACCUAUCCGUAUCACUGCGGCCCUUCAGACGCGCCUAAGAUCCCUCAACACUAACUAGACAGCUGUCAUCUUUCUGAGCUGCGCUCCAGUCUUCACUGCGCUUCGCACCGACAGCAGCUGAGAGCCGAGCUCUGGGUCUGAGUCUGGGUCUGGGUCUGUUGUUCUUUCUUUAUUUUGUUCCUUCUUCUUCUCCCUGGAGCAGCUUUCCUGCGUAGCUCGCUGUCUGUUGUAUUUACCGAUGUCUCACCCCGUCGUGAAUUCAGACGUGAAGAGCGCCUUGGAUAACAGUCCGGAGACUGAUAUCAGGGAUGAAGCGCAACAAGCGCCUCCGCCAAAGAACUACCUCCUUCUCACCAUCUUUACGUGCUUCUGUCCGGCCUACCCGGUCAACAUCGUCGCCUUGGUUUUCUCUGUAAUGUCCAUAAGCAGUUUUAACCAAGGAGACCGGGAGGGUGCUGAACGGCUGGGUCGGAAUGCCAAGUGGGUUGCCGUGGCGUCGGUGAUUAUCGGACUCCUAGUCAUUGCCAUCUACUGCACGGUUCACUUCACAACGCUGCUCAUUUAGGAAGCUGCCAGGCUGUCCUCAGGCAGACACACAGCUCGUUCAGUAGCCAGCCCUGGGGCCCAUGUGAACGCAUCGCUCUGUCUUGUUUUCUACCUGUCGAGCGGCUGUGUCGCCUCCUAGAGGGGGUCUGAGGAAGUCUGGAGAGACCCGAGUCAUUCUUGUGCCCAGACACAGCCAGCAACAUGAACAAUCGCCCCUCCGAGAUCUGAGCGCCAGAGGAUCCCCCUACUGAAGGACAUCUUUCUUACAAGGAUAUUUUAUUUCUGUAUUUGUUUUGUUUUUUUAAAAGGAUUUACCUGAAGACAGAGUGACUAUGAACAAGGUGGCAAUGGCAGUGAUUCUGUCUUUUCUUUUCUUUAUUUUUAAUACAAACCAGACUUUUAUCAUACACACAUGAGAAAUCAGAUAUACAACACAUUCAGAAUGGAAUGAGUACCAUGAUCAUUGUGAUGUGGGUCAGUAUUGUAGUAAUAUGUUUACCAAGGAAGUGCUGAGCUGGAAGUGCCUGAGGGCUUUUAAAAUGAAAAAGGGCUCGAUUUGAUCAAGCUAUCCACAGCUGGAGCUUAUUAGAGUAUAUUACAGAACUGGGGAGUUAGAGCAUAUUACAGAACUGGGGAGUUAGAGUAUAUUACAGCACUGGGGAGUUAGAGUAUAUUACAGCACUGGGGAGUUAGAGUAUAUUACAGAACUGAGGAGCUAGAGUAUAUUACAGAACUGAAGAGCUAGCCUGGAUUGCAUCAACGACCUAUUCUAAGUGGCAAACCCAGGGUUAACCACGGAUUGGUGGUUGAUCCAAUCUCAUGGGAUACCCCAGAGAACGCUGUAAUAUCAUCCAGCUGUGGGCUGUCCCGGAGGAGCACAGGUUAAUCAAAUCAACCCCUUAGUCUUACGCAAUGCUCUUGUAAGUGGGUCCCUGUCGGUCUUCCAUUAAAGUACAUUUGAUAGCAAAGAGGAUCGUAAUGCUGUAAUAAUCCCUCUGCUGCUUUGUAAGAUACAUGCAUAGUAUAUAAAUAUAAAACUACUUAUAAAUGGCAUGAUUGGAUUUCUGCAUUUCAUUUGUACAAUGUGUGAAAUUGUAUUGUGACACUGUGGGCCAUAUUUUCAGAGCGUUUACUUCAGUCUUGACUGAAGUCCUAUUUUUUUUUAAAGCAGUUGUAAAACGCCUCUUCAUUUUACACAACUAGAACCACACAACUAAGUGAAACCCUGCAACCCGAGCCCUCUUAAGCGCUCUCAGGGUGUUUUGGGUCUCAUGUUGUAACAUUAACAUGAUAUUUUCACCUUUAAAAAAAUAGGAGUUAAUGAAAGAAUGAAGGAAAGGCUUUUAAAACAGGGCCCUGUAGCCCUGUACAUACAUUCUGGAUACAUGUAUGUAAAGUAUUCCGUGCUGAUAUAUAUAUUGUGUGUGUGUGUGUGUGUGUGUAUAUAUAUAUAUAUAUAUAUAUAUAUAUAUAUAUAUAUAUAUAUAUAUAUAUAUACAGUAUUUAUUUGUUAAUUUAGUUAAUUUGGGCUAUCUGAUAUAAAAAGGUGCU